CUGGUGUGUACUUGCAGUUUUGGGUACCCUAGGGCUAGCAUCUGCACCACCCAUGCCUCCUGCGAGAGGGAAGUAAGACUACAAAAGAUUUUAUCGUGGUUGUACCGUCCUGGUGGGGAUGGGCUCCAAUAUCCUUAAGAGAGAAGCACCCGUUCCCGAGAUGCUGGCACCCUGCCUUCUGAGAAGAGUGGUCCUUACAGUUCCUUUAGUUUUUGUGGCUGCACUACUUCUCAUGGAGCCUGUUAGAUCUGAUCAAGAAGCAGGAACAGCCAUACCAGCUGAAAGCCGCCCCUGUGUUGAUUGCCAUGCGUUUGAGUUCAUGCAGAGGGCUCUACAGGAUUUAAAGAAGACAGCAUAUAAUUUAGACACACGGACAGAAACUCUGCUUCUUCAGGUGGAAAAGAGAAAUCUGUGUGACUGUGUAACUGCAAAUCUGCUGAACUGAAUCCAGGAGGCCAACUGUAUCACCUGUUCAGCGGUUUUUAAAAUGCAGCUGUAUAAAAUACAGCUUUAUGGAGUUCAUGUUGCAAGCAUGUACACCCCACUGUGCUGAGGAUACUGGGGGGUUGUGUCUCACGUAUUUGUCUGUUCCGUUUUUUUUUUUUUUUUUUUUUUUUAAUAGUCCUCUUUUCAUAUUCACUGGGUUGCCAGUAAGGGCUCAGUUCAGUAAAUCUGCUACUUGGCAUUAGAGCGGGGGGAAAAUUUACAUGCUUUGAUUUUUAAAUCAGAAUUGGCCAAGUGUAACCCGCAGGAUAAAUAUGGCCAGCGGUGCUCUAGAGACACCAGCAGCUGGUUUUGGUCUCUAAUAUGAGCAUACCUCUGUGGCAACUUCCCCAAUUAUAUUGAGACAGGUAAUUGUGUUCUCUGUAGGUUUUGCCUGUUUAUUAAAGAUGAUGGAAGUCC